AUGGCGGGAAUAUCUCUCGCAGACAUCAUCUCGGCUCUUCCAUCAGAGGAUUCCUGGGGACCACCAACGUCCGACGAAACCACGUUAAAUGGCGUUCCCUACGCACCCUACUCCAAAGGCGAUAAAUUAGGUCGCAUGGCCGACUGGACUGCUGAGGGCAAAGACGGACGAGAUGGCAGAGGCGGGCGACAGCAAUACAACCGUAAUUACAGAGAUCAACAAGUUUACGGCGCUGGUACUUCUUCGCUCUUUGCGGUGCAGUUGGCCGAGGACGAGUCUACUUUCUCUGUCGUAAGCAACACGCGCGACUCUGCGAAGACUCGGUUUGGACGUACAGGAACAUUUGCUCGUGGACGGGGCCAACGUGGGGGAAGAGUCGAUACUCGAGGUGGACGGGGUCAAUUCCAGAGAGUUGGCGGACGAGGUGGCCAGCAAUAUAACCAGUACGACAGUCGAGGAGGCCGAGGCGGUGCGCGUGGCGGAAGAAGAUUCGGCUGGAAGGACUACGACAAGCCUCAACGCAACCGUGAUGCAUCUGUUAACAUCAAGCCUGACUGGAAGUUGUUGGAGGAGAUUGAUUUCAACCGUCUGGCGAAGUUGAACCUGGACACCGAUGAUGGAGAGGAUAUCGACAGCUACGGUUUCCUCUACUACUAUGACCGAUCUUUCGACAAGCAGCCUAUUAAGAGUGCAGAACGCAAGUUGAAUGUCGUUGACCGUGCUGCAUACAAUGUCACUACCUCCUCCGAUCCCGUUAUCCAAGAACUCGCCGAGAAGGACGAGGCUACGAUCUUCGCUACCGACAGCAUUCUCUCGAUGCUCAUGUGCGCACCGCGCUCCGUCUACCCCUGGGACAUCGUCAUCGUGCGACAAGGCAACAAGGUCUUCCUCGACAAGAGAGACAAUGCCACUCUGGACAUGGUUACCGUUAACGAGAAUGCAGCUGAUGCCCCCAUGGAUGCAUCAGAAGGAAGCAAGGAUGCUAUCAACCAGCCCAGCGCUUUGGCCGAGGAAGCUACAUACAUCAACCACAACUUCGCUAACCAAGUGAUGGUCGAGAACGAGAACCAGAAAGUCGAAAUGGCCCACGAGAACCCCUUCUACAACCCGGCCGAAGAGACCGAGCCCCCAGCCAGCAAGGCCUACAAAUACCGCCGAUUCGAUCUUUCCCUCAAUGACGAGGACCCUGUGCACCUGGUUGUACGAACUGAGAUCGAUGCGGUCCAAAAGAAUGCCAUUAGUGGCGAGGAUCAGUUCAUUACCGUCAAGGCACUGAACGAGUUUGACCACAAGGCGCAAGGAAGUGGUGGUGCACUGGACUGGAGAGUUAAGUUGGUUGGCCAGCGUGGUGCGGUCGUCGCAACGGAGAUGAAGAACAACAGCUGCAAGCUCGCAAGAUGGACCGUGCAGAGCAUUAUGGCCAAGGCGGAUGUUAUGAAGCUUGGUUUCGUCUCCCGUGCGAACCCCAAGAGCAACGACCGACACGUCAUCCUCGGCGUAGUAGGCUGGAAGCCGCGCGACUUCGCGCAGCAAAUGAACCUGUCCCUCUCCAACGGUUGGGGUAUUGUCCGCACCAUCGCGGAUAUGUGUCUUCAGCGUGAGGAGGGCAAGUACGUGCUUGUCAAGGACCCGAACAAGCAGAUUCUGAGACUCUACGAAGUCCCCGCUGGUAGCUUCGAGGAUGAGGAGCAGGGUGACAUGGGCGCCGUGGAGGAGGCCGCGGAAGAAGAGGAAUAG